AAUCAGGGAGUUGAAGGUUGCAGUAAGCCGAGAUUGCACCACUGCACUCCAGCCUGGUGACAGAGAGACUCCAUCUCAAAAAAAAACAAAAUUAGUCUCAGUCACUGAGCCGCUGCCGAGGACUCAGCAGCCUCCCCCUUGAGCCCCCUUGCUUCCUGACGUUCCAUCUCCCCUGCCUGUCUUCUCCCGCCGUGGCCUUCCGCAGGCCGAGGGAAAGGAAUCGUUAUCGUUAUGUCCACUAUGCAGAACAUCCACUCUUUCGCCCCCUUUGCUGAUGCAGGUAAGGGUGAUGACCUGCUUCCUGCUGGCACUGAGGAUUAUAUCCAUAUAAGAAGUCAACAGAGAAACAGCAGGAAGACCCUUACUACUGUCCAAGGGAUCGCUGAUGAUUACGAUAAAAAGAAACUAGUGAAGGCAUUUAAGAAGAAGUCUGCCUGCAAUGGUACUAUAAUUGAGCAUCCAGAAUAUGGAGAAUUCAUUCAGCUACAGGGUGACCAACUCAAGAACAUAUGCCAGGUCCCCCUAGAGAUUGCAUUGCCUAAGGACAAUCAGCUGAAGGUUCAUGGGUUUUAAGUGCUCGUGGCUCACGGAAGCUUAAGUGAGGAUUUCCUUGCAGUGAGUAGAAUUUCCCUUCUGUCCCUUGUCACAAGUUUAAAAACUUCAUAGCUUAUAUAAUGAAACCAUUUGGGGUCUGCUUUUAACUUGCACUAGUGUAACUCUUUCAUGCAAUAAACUGAAAAGAGCCAUAAAAAAAAAAUUAGCCAAGCAUGGUGGCCUGUACCUGUAGUCUCAGCUACUCAGGAGGCUGAGGAGGAGAAUCCUUUAAGCCUCAGA